AGGAGGAGGAGGAGGAGCAGCAGCAGGAGCGGCGGGCGGUGGCCACGACCGCCACCACCAGGCAGAGGAAGAGUUCGCGGGGACGGAGAGACCCUCCUCCCCCUCGGAGCGUCCGCCGUCAGCUCUCGGAAAACCAGAAUCCAAGAUAAAGGAGGAGGCGGAAAGAGGGAGAAGGGAAAAGUGGGGACGGAGACGACGGCGACGACGUGAACGAUCUGAAUAGUGAUGGCACAUAUUUCAGUCUGAAUUUUGUUCAGUGAGCUGUGGAUUGAUGGAACUAUAAAUGUUCCCGUCCUGAUGUACACCUCGAGGGCCUGCACUACACCUGUAUUCUGAUUAGAGGCUGAAUAAGUGACAUUCAGAACUUCCACUAAGGUACUAUAAGCUUUCUGUGGUGAUAUGGCAUCUGUUUUGUUUCUACAAGAGAAAUUCAGCGCACAGCAGAGUCCUUGAUAAAUUGGAUUGGUUUGAUGGUCCUACCUGGAAUAGGCAGUGACUGAGAAGCCAGAAGUGUCGACCUGUCCCACAAACCGCUGCCUAAUCCACGUCUUGGUCUCACACUACCAUCAGGAGCAAACAGAUUUCAUAAUUGGUCAGUGACAUUAUUACAACAUUAAUUUUAUGGCACAGCCACUAAAGUUUAUUGAAUGUCACUCCUUCAUAGUGGCAUGAUUCACCCAGCAAAAUACGAUGAUAUUGGAUAGGUCAAGGGAGUGAAACACAGCGCAGACUCUGAUCAUGCUGGCCCAUGCAAGAGGAUGUGGAAACAACUCUCUCUGACUCAUCUUUUAAUGAGACUGAACAUGAGCAUCAGCACAACUGAGUUCACAGCACAGCUCUGCCAUUGACAAACCUGUUGGACCUUAGGACCAUGACCAGACCUGGGAGGCAGCCAGACUAUGUCCGAGAAUCACAAUGACCUUGCACACUAACAGUACAACCUCGCCUUUGUUUCCAAACAUCAGCUUGUCCUGGGUGCAUGGCCCCUUGGACGCAGGGCUGCCUCCAGGCACGGUCACUCACUUCGGCAGCUACAACAUUUCUCAGGCAGCUGGAAAUUUGUCCUCCUCAAAUGACACCACCAGUGACCCGCUGGGAGGUCACACCAUCUGGCAGGUGGUCUUCAUUGCAUUCCUAACAGGCAUCCUGGCCUUGGUGACCAUCAUCGGCAACAUCCUGGUGAUCGUGGCCUUCAAGGUCAACAAGCAGCUGAAGACAGUCAAUAACUACUUCCUCUUAAGUCUGGCCUGUGCGGAUCUGAUCAUUGGGGUCAUCUCCAUGAACCUGUUUACCACCUACAUCAUCAUGAAUCGAUGGGCUUUGGGAAACCUGGCCUGUGACCUGUGGCUCUCCAUCGACUACGUGGCUAGCAACGCCUCCGUUAUGAAUCUCCUGGUCAUUAGCUUUGACAGGUACUUUUCCAUUACGCGGCCACUCACCUACCGAGCCAAAAGAACCACAAAAAGAGCUGGAGUGAUGAUAGGCCUGGCAUGGGUCAUCUCUUUCAUCCUCUGGGCUCCUGCCAUCUUGUUCUGGCAGUACUUUGUCGGGAAGAGAACUGUGCCGCCCGGAGAGUGCUUCAUUCAGUUCCUCAGCGAGCCCACCAUCACGUUCGGCACGGCCAUCGCUGCCUUCUAUAUGCCCGUCACCAUCAUGACUAUUUUAUACUGGAGGAUCUAUAAGGAGACCGAGAAACGUACCAAAGAGCUUGCCGGGCUGCAGGCGUCUGGGACGGAAGCAGAGGCCGAGAACUUCGUCCACCCCACAGGCAGCUCUCGAAGCUGCAGCAGCUAUGAGCUCCAGCAGCAGAGCCUGAAACGCUCGGCCAGGAAGAAGUACGGCCGCUGCCACUUCUGGUUUGCCACCAAGAGCUGGAAGCCCAGCACCGAGCAGAUGGACCCAGACCACAGCAGCAGUGACAGCUGGAAUAACAACGAUGCCGCUGCCUCCCUGGAAAACUCUGCCUCCUCCGAUGAGGAAGACAUCGGCUCUGAGACAAGAGCCAUCUAUUCGAUCGUGCUCAAGCUGCCCGGUCACAGCACCAUCCUCAAUGCCACCAAAUUACCCUCAGCAGACAACCUGCAGGUGCCUGAUGAGGAGCUGGGGCUGGGAGACUUGGACAGGAAAGGCAGCAAGCUGCAGGCCCAGAAGAGCCUAGACGAUGGAGGCAGUUUCCAGAAGAGCUUCUCCAAGCUUCCCAUCCAAUUAGAGUCAGCCGUGGACCCGACCAAGAUGUCUGAGGUCAACUCCUCAGCAGGGAAGACCACGGCCACUCUACCUCUGUCCUUCAAGGAAGCCACCCUGGCCAAGAGAUUUGCUCUCAAGACCAGAAGUCAGAUCACCAAGCGGAAACGGAUGUCCCUCAUCAAGGAGAAGAAGGCGGCUCAGACCCUCAGUGCCAUCCUGCUAGCCUUCAUCAUCACCUGGACCCCCUACAAUAUCAUGGUUCUGGUGAACACCUUUUGUGACAGCUGCAUACCCAAAACCUAUUGGAAUCUGGGCUACUGGCUGUGCUACAUCAACAGCACGGUGAACCCCGUGUGCUAUGCGCUGUGUAACAAAACAUUCAGAACCACUUUCAAGAUGCUGCUGCUGUGUCAGUGUGACAAACGCAAGCGGCGCAAGCAGCAGUACCAGCAGAGACAGUCAGUCAUUUUUCACAAGCGCAUGCCCGAGCAGGCCUCGUAGAGGGAGGCUCUGUCCAUCACAGUGACCAAACGCACACAUCAACCCACAAACCUUAGGGGAGUGUGAGCUGAGGGUGGGGGUGAUUUCCAAGGGUGAUAAAAAUGGAUUGUUUUUUUUAAUCACCCAGAUAUAAAGGAAGCUGCCUGUUUACUGACCCAUUGAAUAAAUCCAUCUUAAUAUAGAAAGUCAAAUACCAAUUCAGCAAAAAAGAAAAUAAAGCGUCUUACCGAAUACAAAGAAAUUUAUCCUGAAAUAGACUUUUAAGGUGUUUUUUCUUAAAGAGGAAAAGAAAAAUUGUUUCAUAGCAAUUACAUACCCAAAUUGAUCUGCUGGGUUCUUUGAGUUCCCGUGACCACUGGAAUCUCAGAGGCACAGACCUAGCUGACUCAGUUGCCAUGUUCCUUCCGAGAUCCCAAACGUGGUGAUCUGCAUCCCAUGUGGGACACAUCAGGCUAGUGAAUCCAUGGUUCUGAAAUUCUUUCAUAUGUUGCAAAGCUGAACCUCCUUGUCCCAGUAGAGCUUUCUGUCUUUCUUUGGUGUGUGUUGUUAAACCCCAUCUGUGGACUUGAUUCUUGCAAAGUACUGUUUUGUGCAGUUCCAGUUUCAUACCAAUAAAAAUAUAGAAGUAUAUAUAUGUGUGUGUGCGUGUGUGUGUGACUUUGCACACACACACACUGUGUGUGCGUGUGUGUGUGUGUGUAUAUAUAUAUAUAUAUAUAUAUAUAUAUAUAUAUAUAUAGCAGGAAUCACUGAGCUGGCAAAUCAUUCUUGCAAUAUAUGUUUUUAAUACUCUGAUGACUGAAGUUCUCUAGGAUCCUAACACAACAUCAAUGUAAUGUUUUGGAAACCAGGGCAUUUUCUUCCACAAACCACCCUGGGGAACCUGCAGCAGAGCGUGGCCAGGCCCUUCCAGCAGGUGUGUGCAGAGCGGCCACCCCCUCCACCCACCCACCCCAAAGCAGAUGCAGCACCAGGGCUUUACCAGACCCUGAGUGUAAGCAGGGCAGUUUGCUGAUCUCCACAAAGCUCAAUGAGAUCGGGGUCCCUCUGAGCUCAAAACACGAACCACAGCCACAAGUUUGAAUUCAAUCAUCUAUGUUUGAAUGUUUCCCAACAAAAUUUCUGCUACCCAAACUGCUUGAAAGCCAGUCAAUAGUGUCACACCCAGCAAUACAUAUGGCCGAGCAGAAGUGACAUCGUGAGGAGGGGAGGAGAGCGUGGUCUUUGCGUUCUUGCUACCGGGCACCUUCUAGAUGGAAGAGGGUUCGGCCUGUGUUGCUUGGCCAUGGCCAGUGCUGUUCAGGGUUUGUUGUGUCACCUUCACCCAGGCAUAGGUGGGGUUUGGGAACUCGUGUGUCCUCUGGAGAAAAUAUGAAUGUUUUGAAAAGUAUUGCUUCUGGUUGAUUUCCUUCCGUUUCUAAAAAAAAAAAAAAGAAAAGAAAAAAAAAAUGUGUUCUGUAUCCCCUUGGAAUUGAUCCAAAAGCUAAAUGUUGUAUUUGGGGAUGGGGGGAGGGGUGCUGCCGCUGCUUGUCAUUUUUGUCACUGCUGUAGUGGUUGGGGUUACCUUCUUUUCCUUUCUGCAAGGGCUGUGUGGGGAACGGGAGGGGUGGGGGGGGUGGCAGGGCCGAGAAGCAAUCUCACCUUGUACAGAGCCUCACGUCUCGGACCCAGGGCCAGGGUAGCAGCUGCUUUUGUGUUCAGUGUGAGCUGGUGUUUACAGCUGACGACAGUGGAUGUGGACUCAGUGCUGUUUGUGUUUCUGAACUAUUUAAUUUCGUGCUCUGUUUAUAUGAAGAAAUAUUUAUGCAUACUUCACCAAGUGUCGUUUAACGUUGAUAAAUAUUACUCUUCAGUCUUCAGCUGUGGUGUCCCUUGAAAGCAAUUCUUUCGGGUGCACUUGGGCCAUGAGUAAAUCUCUUGAGCUUUUCACGAGGCUGAGAAGAAGGAGAUAGCCACCCUGCUGGCAUCAACAAGUCCCUAACUCCUGGGUAAUAAAAAGCCAACUGUAACGUUGAUGUGAACGUUUAAAACCAGUCUUUAGUUGAACCUGAUGGGAACUGAAGGAGGCAACCCUCCCCUGUGGUGUUUGCAAUCACAUGACAAGGGUAUUUAAAAAAAAAGAUCAGCGUAAUUGAAAGAAUUUUUUUUUGGGGGGGGGGCACAUUCAACCAAAGAACAAGAGAAACCAGAGACUAUUUUCUAAGACAUAUAGCAAACUACGGAAUGUUCUGUGACCCACCUGUGAAGCGUCUGGUGAGCAACUGCAUCUAUAUUUUACUGCUCCCGUUGGCCUAGCACUAAUAAAGAUGUGAAUGCUGA